GUAAAUCAAAAAGAAAAGAAAUAGGGAUAACUGAUCUUUAAUUAAGCGUUUUUGGAACCGAUCGCAAAGAAGACUCUUAUUACACGUGUCGGCUUUUGUGAUUCUUUUUUUUUUUCUUUUCUUCCCCCAAAUCGAUUUGCGAUGGCCGGCGAAGAUUUCCAGUCUCGCGUCGAGAGGAUCUUCGGAUCUCUCGCCUUCUCCCGCUCCGCGUCUUCUACUACCUCCACGUCUUCUGCGCCGCCGCUGCGGCAAACGCAAUGGGGCUCGGUGUGGUCUCUCUCCGGCGCAGAAGUGGAGAAGCGGGAGUGGAAGCGAGAGCAGCUCGCUUCGUACGAUAGGGAAGAGAUGCCUUGUGCGUCAUCGCUCGACGAGAUUCUGAGGCAGCAGAGGAUCUCGAGCACUGAUCGGAAGGAGGGUGAGGAAGGUGGUGACGAGGAUUUUGGUGAUGAGGAUGAUGAUUGGAGCAUCAGAGCAUCCAUGGGCCUUGACCGUACUCUCGAUGAUGAGGACGAAGAAGAUGAGUAUGAUAAGGUCGCACUAGGGAAAGAGGAUGGUGGUAAAGGCGUGUCUAUGGAAGAUGCCAUUUCGAGACCUUGUGGUGUGCGGGUUCGGGACCCUCAUGCUAACCAUGCUGCUGCAAAAAUGAGGUUGAAGGAAGAUGAACUCGAGGCCAACAAGUAAGGUUUUCUUGUUUAUGUUUCUUCUUAUU